ACUGUAGUGUCCUCCCAUCCCCUGCCUUCAACCCAGUGCUAUACACAGCACAACAACAGCCUUUAUUCAUGGGCUCUCUCAGAGAAGAAAUGAUUCGGCAACAACUCAAGCAAGAGGAAUUUGCCAAACCUGGCUUGCCCCGACCAGAAGACCUGCUGACCUCUCAGGCUAAAAAUAGCAUUAUGCAUCUCAUCAGCCAGAAGCACCCGCUGGCGCCUAAAAACGUCUGUGAUUCCAAAACACCUGUCCUCCAUCUGUCAGCCACACAGGGAGGGGAAGAGGAGGAAGUGGUGGUGAUGGUGGGUCGGCUUAUGCCGGAGUCUGCCAUGCUGCCCACGCCAGGCCAGGAGGGCCCUGCCACCCAAAGGGACUCCUUGCUCCUGGUCAGGUAUGUAUUAUGUAAACAUUUGUUCAUUCAUUCAUGCAAUCGUUCAUUUGUUUGUUUGUUUGUUUGUUUGUUUGUUUGUUCCUUCCUUCCUUCCUUCCUUCCUUCCUUCCUUCCUUCCUUCCUUCAGGUCCAGGUCUCCCCUGCCUGGCUCGUCCCAGGAGAAGGAGGGGAAGAACCUGCCCCCGCGGCGGCCUCUGAAGCUGGCACCUCUGGAGCUGCCCAGGGAGGUACAGAAGGCACAGAGACAGAAGAUUAAGGGGAUUGGGCUGGAGGCCAAGGCUGCUGCCCAUAAGCUGGACACGACGGGGGGCGACCAACCCUGCUCCAGGAAGGUGAAGGAUUGUGGGGUGAGAGGAGAGGGACUAGGACUGGUUAAAGGUACGGCAGAGUGUGUCUCCACCCCAGCCCCACAUCCCUUACCUCUGAAUGAAACAGUACCCAGGGUCCAGCGACAUCAGAAGGUUAGGAGAGCGCAGCUAGCCCGUGCCAACCAAAUCCAGAGACAGACAGGAGACAGGCUCUCGGAAGAUGCUGGUAUUAAUGUUAACGGCCCUCCUCCUCCCCCUAUCAGCAAACCAGCCUCUCCCUCUUCCUCUCUCCCCACCAGCGCCAAAGCUCAGGUCCAGCAGGUGGUAGCACCACAUGGCGAGGAGAGCUCAUGCCAAGUGGCUGGCACAUUCCAGCAGGAUACCGGUGGGCGGAGGCUGCGUCUCAGGAGGGCAGAGCACCUCGAAGAGGAUCAGAGCAAAUCUAACAUGUCAACAGUAGGAUUACCUGGGGAAGAGGCCAACCUGGCAAAAGGUGUCCAGCAAGGAAAAGCCCUGAGGGCAGAGAAUACAGAGGAGGCUCUGAGAAAGCCCUGAAGCAGGCCAGUCACAUACUGGAGAAGGCUUCCAGGUAGAACGUCAGGCCGGAAUCACCGGAGAAUCCGCUGAAAGUGUCCGAAGAAUGGCAGAGAGAAAUCGCCAGGACGCUGUCCUUUGACCUCUGACCCCUGAUCUUUGACUUAUUAACCCCUGACUCCUUUUGACCAGGCCAGGAAGUAGCGAAAACAGACUUGACAGUGUUCAGUCAUGUGUUUACAUGUGCUUAUCACCUGGAGAUUAGGAUAGAAAAGCCCCUGCAUCUUACUUCACACAGCAUCUGCUAUUCAAAGCAACAAGCAGGUUACAAUGCCAAGUUCCCUGGCAGGCAGUAUGUACAGUAUACUGUACAGAGGAUAAAUAUAGAAGUAUAUUAUGGACCAAAAACAUAUUUAUUUAUUUAUUAUUUUAUAAAAAGAUGAUGCUCGUAAUAAAUUACAUUUAACCAUUGUAGAUAUCCUAACAUAGGCUAUUCAAUGUCAUAUUUUGGAUGAAAUAUGUCUGCACAUGCAGAUGACAUUCGAUCAUCUUUCUGCACCUUAGCUACUUCGUCAGGCGUGCAGUAGAUUCCUGUAGUACAUGCAAUCUCAGAAGAAUGUCUUUAAUCAAUGUUUGUCCUCCAAUCAGCAUGCAUUACAGCUCUAUGUGUGUUUGGUAACAGAACAACGGCCAUCCCUCACUGUAACAAGUGAAACACUCACAGAGACGAUGUUACUCUAGUCUAGACAUCCACGUUUUUAAGGUGACCCAUUUGUUUUCAAUUUAUUCCCUAAAUGUGGAUGCAGACAUUCCAGACAGUAGUUAUGGGAAUGUGAUUUAGUUCAUGUAAUAUAUGUUUAUCAUAGAGAAAAGAAGUCUCCUGAAACAUAUGUGAGAUUUCAAGUACAAUUGUUUUCGAGGGUAUGUCAAAAUGAACUGACAGUGAGAUAACACAUGCAAAACCAUAUCACAACCAUUCAUACAUCCGAGCAAGUGAGUCGUAUUAGGCAAGUCUCUCAUUGACAGACUUGCAACACAAGAGGCUUCUAAUACACUACUUUCUGCCUUGAGUACUGCUGCAUUCUGACAGUGAAUUCAUAAAUUGUUUGAAUAUAUAUGUGAACCCUGCGGGAAUUGAACCUACGACCAAAACCCUCAAUGAGUCAGCCUGACACCAGUAGCACAGCAAUGUCCAUCUGCCCCAGACCAUGAGCUGACCACCAGACUUCCUGACCGUUUCACACCACGUAGUUAGGCUGGCCUAUACUCACUUUCCCUGAUUGACUGACUGCAAAGUUAAUCACAAAUAUGAUCUCAGAAUGUAUAGCCAUUAGGUCCAAUGUAUGUAUUUGUCAAUGACGUACAAUAAUAAUCAUUUUGGUUGGAUGCUUAUAUUUGUCCUUUAUUAUAACCAUGUGUGAAUCGUAACAUUAUUAUUAUAUAUAUUUUUUUACAUAUCUCAACUCCCCCUGAGCAAACACACAACCAGGACAAAACGUUGUUUUAACGUUGACUCUGUUGUGUACUUUAAUGCACUUACCUGUAUCAAUCACUUUCCAGUUCAAACAAGGCACCUCAAUCUGAGAGACGUGUAAAGCACAGAGGGGACCGACUGGGGGAGGGAGAGGAGUUCUGAGAGCUAUUGGGGAAAGGGAGACAUGCCAUUCUGACAGGAUAUCUGGCAACUUCACUAAGAGAGAGAGGAAAGAGAGAAACCAAAACACUGGAGAACAAGACCACUGUUUCCCCUUUCUUUCCCCCUCCUGCAGGGAACAUGGCUGACAAGUAAACAUUACUUCUCAAUGUGGUUAACAUACAUUUUCCUAUGUUGUUUUAAAUAAUUUAGCACUUUUCAGAAUGUAAAAUUGCUGUCCAAUUCUACUACAUAAGAGACAGAUUAGCACAAGCACAAGGAGGAGCACAAGACACAUAAAGCUUCAAGCACAUGCUAAUCAUUUUCCUGACACAAAUACACCCUCACCACCAUACAGCAAGUUCCCUGCUAGAGUAGAUCCAUCCCACCACGGCCACCACGCGCCCAUCACCACAGCUGCACCUACAGGCAGGGUUAUGGCUGAAGUGUUGGAGUGGAUGGACAGAGGAGGCGGGGUGGCUGAGAGAGAAGCUGUGUGUAUUCUGUUUCUGAGGGCAGCAACACUUCAGAUGGGCGCAGCUCCGGCAGCCAUAAAGAAGAAAAAAAAGAGACAAAAAUAUAUCCAGAAAGUUGGUCUAUAAUUGGCCAGGCCUGUCAGGGUUGUUUUUAUGCCUGUGAGCUGAACAGCUAGCUAGAGCAGUACAAGCCACCUCAUCCACUAGUGAAACCAUACACUUUCAACCUCAGUCAGUUCCUCCCUCUCUAUCCACCCAUCCAAGAGGUUGUAGCAGAUGCUCACCUCACUUUGGACUUUUUAUCAACACUUGGAUUGACAUCGUGGUGGAUUUUAGGAUUACAUUUCUUCACACCUGUAAAGGAAGUCAUUUGGGGGGAUUCACCGUUGGAUAGGGGAUGGUGCCUUAAUGCUGAGCUAAGGAACAAGUGAGAACUGGAGGAUAGGAGCCACACAGAGCGAGAGAGAGACCUCCAGUGAAACUAAGUGAUCUGCAAUCCAGGUUGGAGACUUUGAUGGUGAUCACAACCUAAGCUCAAAAGACCAGAGGCUGAUAUGGAGCUGCGACUGGGAUGCAGGGCUUCCCUGGUCCUGGUCAUACUGGUCCUGACACUCUCAGGACUGAAGGUUGAUGCUCAGAGCAGGGCAGGCUGUAAGAACGUGCACUAUGACCUGGUGUUCAUCCUGGACACGUCGUCCAGUGUGGGGAAGGAGAACUUUGAGAAGAUCCGCCAGUGGGUCUCCAACCUGGUGGAGUCGUUCGACGUGGGCCCGGACAAGACGCGUGUGGCCGUGGUACGCUACAGCGACCGGCCCACCACAGAGUUCAACCUGGGACGGUACAGCACCAUGGACGAGGUGAAGAGGGCCGCCAGGAACAUCCGCUACCUGGGAGGGAACACCAUGACCGGGGACGCCAUAAGCUACACCACCACCAACAUCUUCACAGAGCGGGCCGGGGCCAGGCCUGCAGCCAAGGGCAUCCAGAAGGUGGCUAUCCUCCUGACGGACGGGAGGAGCCAGGAUUACGUAUUGGAGCCUUCCAAGGCGGCGGCGAAGGCCGGGGUGAGGAUGUUCGCAGUGGGCAUCGGGGAGGCUCUGAAGGUGGAACUCGAAGAGAUCGCUGCGGAACCUAAGAACGCUCACGUGUUCCAUGUGACAGACUUUAACGCCAUCGACAAGAUCAGAGGGCGGCUGAGGAGACGGCUCUGUGAAAACGUGCUGUGCCCCAAUAUGAAGGUCCAACCAGACCGCUUCAAACCCAACAGUACCAGUUAUGGAUUGGAGGAAGUUCCAGGGUUCGACCUGAUGGAAUACUUCAAAGUGGAAAACAUACUGGGACCAAGGUUUGAUGAGGGCCAAAGCUCCUAUGUUCGACUAGGGACCAUGCCUAUUGUACAACAGACAGAAGAUGUGUUCCCUCAAGGUCUGCCAGAUGAAUAUGCUUUUGUGACGACUUUCAAGUUCAGGAAGACCUCGAGACGAGAGGACUGGUACCUCUGGCAGAUCUUUGACAAGUAUGGAAUUCCACAGGUGUCUAUCCGUCUGGACGGUGAGAACAAGGCAGUGGAAUACAAUGCAGUGGGGCUGACCAAAGACGCAGUGAGAGCUGUGUUCAAGAACGAGGAGGUGGACAACCUGUUCGACAGGAACUGGCACAAGAUCGCCCUGAGCGUCGAGGCCAAGGCUGUGUCUCUCUACCUGGACUGCAAACUCAUUCAGACCCUGCCCAUCGGGGACAGGGAGGACAUCGAUAUCCACGGGAAGACUGUGAUCGGGAAGAGGCUGUACGACAGCGUGCCCAUUGAUUUUGACCUUCAGAGAAUGAUCAUCUACUGUGACUCCAAACACGCUGAGCUGGAGACCUGCUGUGAUCUGCCCACCGGGCCGUGCCCCAAGAAGGUGGUGACGGAGGCCCCUCCCAUAGAGAUUCCCACCCCCACCCCUGCAAGGGAGGAGCAGCAGAGAGGACCCCAGGCGGUCAACUGCUCAUGUCCCGCUGGAGAGAGGGGAGAGAUCGGUGUACCUGGCGUUGCCGGGCCCAAGGGUGAAAAGGGUGAUACUGGUGCUCUGGGAGCGGCUGGACCUUCUGGCCUCAAGGGAGCCAAAGGAGAAACUGGCAAAGUAAUAUCUGUCAAGGGAGACAGAGGUGAGAAGGGUGAUCUCGGGAGACGGGGGACAUCCGGCGAUGAAGGAUCCAAAGGGGAGAAGGGAACCAGUGGAGCGGCAGGUCUUGCUGGGAAAGAUGGAUCUAAAGGAGAAAGAGGUGAAUCUGGGCUGGCAGGCGAUCAGGGAUUACCUGGACCUCUGGGACCAAAGGGAAUUGAAGGAGACUCGGGACUUCCUGGUUCAUCUGGACCCAAAGGUGUCGGUGGUGAAAAAGGUUUGAAAGGAGAUAAAGGAUCAGGAGGAUUACGGGGUGCCAAAGGUAUUGACGGAUUUCCUGGAAAACCUGGUGUUCCUGGAAAAGAUGGUUUGGGAGGACUGACUGGUGCACCUGGAGCCGCUGGAGUGAAAGGGGAAAAGGGAGAGAUGGGCCCUGCUGGAAUGCCUGGGGAUAUGGUUCAAAGCGAGGGCUUGAAAGGAGUGGAUGGACCUCCAGGACCUCGUGGCCCUCCAGGGCCUGACGGCCCCCCAGGACCCCCUGGUGCACCUGGUCAACUUGGUUUACCUGGCGAACCUGGAGAGUUUGGCCAAAGGGGCAAGAAAGGUGAAAGUGGAUUACCUGGUGUCGAUGGGCUACCCGGACCUCCUGGUCCCCAGGGGCCUCCUGGAGGGCAAGGAAACCCUGGACAAACUGGACCUCCUGGUCUACCUGGUGAGAUUGGAUUUUCAGGGAAACUAGGAGAGCCUGGCAAAGCUGGUUUACCUGGAAACGAUGGGCUGGACGGAGUUCCAGGAAAUGAUGGAGACAAGGGGCCUAGAGGAGAGUCUGGAUUGGAUGGCUUCCCUGGUAAACCUGGUCCUAAGGGUGAAGAAGGAACACCUGGGCCAAGAGGACCUGGAGGAGAGAGUGGACCAGUUGGUUUAACUGGACAACCAGGGGUCGUUGGACCAAGAGGAGAGAAAGGAGGACAGGGUGACAGGGGACAAGAUGGCUCUUUUGGGCCGAAGGGUGACAAAGGUGACAAGGGUGACACAGGACCCAAGGGAACUCCAGGAAUACCAGGAAAUGUCGCCAAUGUUAUCCCUGAGCCUGGUGAGCCUGGAAAUCCUGGAGCGAGAGGAGAAAAGGGAGAGCAGGGGAAUCCAGGAGAGAUUGGUCAACGAGGACUGCCUGGUGAACCAGGCUUUAAAGGACUGGCUGGACCACAGGGCCCUAAAGGAGACAUCGGCCCUAAAGGAGAGACUGGGAGACAAGGAGACCCUGGUCCUCCAGGGUUGCAGGGUACGCAGGGCACCCGUGGAUUGCCUGGCAAUGUGGGCAUCCCUGGAACCCUUGGACCACCUGGAAUAGCUGGACAGAGAGGAGAGAGGGGAGAUUUGGGGAAGGAGGGUCGUGCUGGCCCCCCAGGUCCCCCUGGAGAUGCAGGCAUACAAGGACCCCCUGGCCUACCAGGGAAGGGCAAAGACGGACAGAACGGUGACCCUGGGCAGCGGGGAAUUGAAGGACCUCCCGGACAGAAGGGCCAAUCCGGAUCCCAGGGACUUCAGGGGGUUCCAGGGGACAGGGGUCCACCAGGAGAAGGCAAAGUUGGACCCCCGGGACCUUCAGGGCCCAAUGGUGCAGUUGGAUCACCGGGCAUGAGAGGUUUGCCAGGCGUCGCAGGUACACAGGGACCUGCAGGACACCAUGGUUUACCAGGACGACCAGGAGAGAAGGGAUCCCCAGGAGAGCCAGGAGCAGCAGCAGACUUGUCAGAUUUGAAUCUGAAGGACGUGUGUUCAGACUGCCCGGCCGGACCCCCGGGACAGCCUGGUCUCCCAGGGACACCAGGAGACAAGGGACCCGCUGGACCUCCAGGGAAGAACGGACAGGACGGGUACCAAGGCCAAGCAGGCCCGACCGGACCCGCUGGACCCCCUGGAGCCAACGGAGAGAAGGGUGUGAAAGGUGAUAGAGGACCCCAAGGAGGACCUGGAGACAAAGGUGAAACGGGUCUCACCGGACCCCCUGGCCACCCCGGUGCUGCUGGCAUCAUGGGGAUUCCUGGUAACGACGGUCAACCCGGCCCCAUCGGUCCCCCAGGAGCCCCUGGAGAAAAAGGAAAGGAGGGGAUGAAGGGAAUCCAGGGGCCACCAGGUCUACCAGGCUUAAUGGGUCAAAUGGGUAAAAUUGGCAAAGAUGGCCGACCAGGAGAACAAGGAGAACCUGGUAAACAAGGAGAGACAGGACCACCAGGACAACCAGGUCUCAGGGGAAUGCCUGGCUUCAAGGGUCACAGAGGAGAGCCUGGACAACCAGGUUCAAAGGGUGAAGAUGGAAAGGAAGGACGUAACGGACCGGAGGGUAAACCUGGCCAAGACGGUAAUACUGGACCUCCUGGGCCAGAAGGCCUGGCUGGCCGGAGAGGGGAGAAUGGUAAACCUGGUGAACCAGGACCUUCAGGAAAGCCAGGAGCCCCUGGUACUCCAGGUCAGGCUGGAGCCAAGGGAGACCCUGGGAACCCAGGAUUACCAGGCUUUAGUGGUCCCAAGGGACCGUCGGGUCCUGCUGGUCCGGUCGGCCCAGAGGGGAAACAGGGUAUGUCUGGCAGAGCAGGAGAACGUGGAGUCAAAGGAGAGAGGGGCGACUCAGGUGGGAAGGGAGAUAAGGGACCUGUUGGAGAUCCUGGUAUGCCUGGUAACCAGGGGCUCCCAGGUCGUAAGGGCCACACAGGGAUGAUGGGUAUGUCCGGGCCCCCAGGAGAGUUGGGUCUUACUGGGCCUCAGGGAACACCUGGAAACCCCGGACAACCAGGACCACGGGGAGAGUCACCAUCACUGGAAACAAUGAGAAGGCUGAUCCAGGAGGAACUAGCGAAAGCGCUAGAUGCCAAAAUGGCGUACCUGAUGGCCCAGAUCCAGCCGGCCCAUGUGAAGAGCACGGCAGGUCGGCCAGGACCUCCAGGCCCCUCGGGGAAAGAAGGGAGCGACGGUCGCCCCGGACCACCAGGGGAGCCUGGCAUGCCUGGGCAGAACGGAGGAGACGGCAUGAGGGGACCCAUGGGUCCUAAAGGUGAGAGAGGAUCCAGAGGAGACAAGGGAGAAAACGGAGUUGGACAGAGAGGAGAGACUGGACCAUCAGGUCCUAUAGGACCAGCAGGUAUGCCAGGCUAUGGUAAGGACGGGCAGCCCGGGGCGGCUGGAGCUCAGGGAGAACCAGGGAACCCUGGUCCCCAUGGCCAGGCAGGCCCCAGUGGACCCCCAGGGCAGUGUGACCCCUCCCAGUGUGCCUACUAUGCCAGCCUGGGAGCACGACCCCACACCAAGAACGUCAAGGGGAAUUAAAGAGACAGAGACACACAGAAGGUGCGUCCGAUAUGGCAACAUCUAAAGGGAAUAGGAUGCCACGUCGGACGCAGCCAGAGAGCUACAGGACCCUACCCAAGUCCAGAUAUUUAUGAACUGGGAUGUGUCAGGAUGAACCAAGAACUUUUCUUUCUAUUACGAUGUUUCUUCUCGGUGUGGAGGGAUCUCGAGAGAAGUGUGCUGCCUUUGGGGGGGGGGUAUUGCCUUUGGGGGGGGUAUAUUUGGUAUUGUCAUCAUCAAGAAUUACACAACUUGUUCAAUUUAGACGGACUGCCGUUGUUCUUAUCCGGCUCGAAGGACCAUGUAAAAGACCACCGACUACAGUCAUGCUUACUGGGCUAUGAUGUGGCAGCACGGAACCAGGCCUGGGUCCAAAUAGUAUUUGUUUUCACUUGUUUGAACUUGCCUCACACAAUGGAACCUAUGGAAUAGUCCCCAAAUGUGCAAACCCGGCCUAUCAGCACUUUAGGCAGGCUCAAUCAAACGCUCACAACUAUUUCAAAGAAAACGAAAACUAUCGGUACCCGGGUCUGGUACAAGAUGGAGCCCCAGUUACAGAACGGCCAUUUAACUGACUCCAAAUGAUGCCUUAAUAGUGUUGUCAGUCUCCCAGCGUACACAGUCGUCAGCCUGGAAUGGGUUUAGCAUUAGAUUUAACGUCAGCCCAUUUGUCAGUGUCCACAACAUUGAUCCAGAGAUAGGCAUCUCCUCUGGAGUCAACUGGUAAUUAUCCAGUCAACGAUUUGAUCUACUUUGUUUUUAUUGAUGGGAAGGAAGAUUAGCCUUGGGGGGGGGGGUGACUAAGGCACAAUCUAAAAUAACAAUACUGAGUUUCAUGGAAGGAUCUUUAAUGAGCAUGUGGAUGGAGGUGAAAAACUUCAUGCUUUGUUUUGUUUUGCCUUGCCUGUACGCUUAUGAUAGUGCAAUUGUCUUGAACAAUGACAGCCAGGCCACCAGUACUGGUCAGGGUGAAUACUGAGCUCUUAGAUUAUCUGGGUAUCUUACUAGAAUGUCCACCUUAUUACAAACUAAGAUACUGUGUCAAUAACACAAACAUUUGUGACAGCUUGAAUUGUCUAUUUGUAUGAUGUUCAUUGUUCCUCCACAGGGGUUCAAACCUCAUGAAUGCAUGUAAGGCUGUCAAGUAGACAAAACCCAUAAGACUCUUUCAAAAUGAAAUGUAAAACUUUAAAAGGAAAACUACAUUUCCCCUUUCGUUUCUCAAUAAGUGUCUCUGGUGAUUCCACAGUCAGGCUGUAAACAGUCUGGAGAGAGAAGGUACUAAAAUCACAGCCUUUGUUCCAGUCGUUCCUCAAAAGUUACUUGUUUCCUGGUUUCACGCCACGUUCCCUUCCUCCUGCUUAUUAGUCUGUCGGGGACACUGACUCAAAUAAAGACAUUGUUUUAACUAAUAAGUGCUUGACAAAAUGAGUUCGUUCUUCCCUGUGUUGUAUAUUCUGAUUGGUAAGGUCAGUGAGUAUUCUGUCUGAAGGAUGUUCCUCACUCAACCCCCAUCGGACCAAUUAUACCUUCUCUAAAACUCACAAGACUGAUUGAGCGAGAGAGAGUCAGUAAAAAAAUACAAUAGAUAGCCCACUGCUCACUCUAGGGGAAUUGUUUUGGCUUGAAAAAGGCGAAGAAAUGUAACGCAUCAACGUUGAGGUUCCGAAAUGUUAAUCAGGUCACCAAUGAAGUCAAAUAGAUAUAUUGUCUUUUAGUCUUUACUUAUGGAUGUGAGCCUGGAUCCAGCAUUUAUUUCUAGAACAGCCACAGUGUUCCAGAACACAAGCCAACACCAAGUGUUCCAGAACACAAGCCAACACCCACAGUGUUUCAGAACACAAGCCAACACCAAGUGUUCCAGAACACAAGGCAACACCCACAGUGUUCCAGAAUACAAGCCAACACCAACAGUGUUCCUGAACACAUGCCAACACCCACAGUGUUCCAGAACACAAGCCAACACCAACAGUGUUCCAGAACCCAGGCCAACACCCAGUGUUCCAGAACGCAGGCCAACACCCACAAUGAAAGCACUGCUUGGCCUACACCCACAGUAAAAGCACUGCUUGGCCAACUGCACCUCAGGUCAUUUCAUUGAAGGACAUCCAAAGAGCUCUCCUGAAUAUUUAUAGCUAAACAUAUGUUGCGUAUUGUACUGCAGCCUAUCAAACUAUGCCUCAUGAUCCAUAACAGUCAAAGAGACUGAUGCACUCUUCAAUGACUUGCAUACACUUUACCACCACAUCACAGUGGAGAUGUGUGGACUUGGUUUUGAAUUAGGUGUCAGAAUGACACAGGAGCUAUACUACAGUAACAUAAUGGUUUUGUAAUUGGAAAAUGCUUUUUAGCCCAUUGAUAUGAACCUCAGAAUGUCGUCUGUUUGAUUCCAGUGCUCCGCAUAGCAAAUAUUGCAGAAGGUUCUAGUUUUAUAAUUAUUUGCUUGGCUUGUUUCUUAAUUUCAUAUACAUUUGUGAUUAUUCAAAACAACCAACUGUAUGCAAUUGAUUUAGUUUUUUUGUUCAUUAUACUGUUAAAUGAUUUACAGUUUGAAGUACCUGUAGCCUACCAUAUGUGGAAUGUUAAAAAUGGUUUCACAGUGGUGACCCUUACCUGUUUAUCCUAACAAACUGGUGCUAAAACAUCCUUCAUUACUGCCUGGUAUAUUUGUAAGUAUUGGAAAGGUAUAUUAUGUACUGUAUCAUGUUGUAAUAAAUACCGGAACAGAUCCCUUUUUAUAGAAAAGGCA